AUGGUGGUAAGAGAGGAAGGAUACAGUUAAAAUCGCGCCAAAGCAUCGAGAAUAUCGGUAGCUAGAAGAACCCGAAGAGAGUAUUCCUCGCCGAGUGAUCCAAAGACUUGUCCUUUACUACUCAGAUGUUUCACAGGCUCUCUUCCUCUUUCUCUCGCUCCAUCAUCUUCCCCAAAUCCCGCUCUUUUCCUCAACAUCUCCGUCACGCACCUAUCCUCUCUUAUUCCUCUUUGAAAAUGACCGAUACCCAGACGCCCGACAACCUCAAAACCCCGAAUUCGUCCCCGAUUCCGUCUCCGACCAAACCCGAAACCCUUCGCUCCCUCGAAUUUCAAAUGGGUUCCUGCUUCAGCGUCGAUCCGAUCAUCCCGCCGCCGAAUCAGAUCGUCAUCGUCAUCAGCGGUCCAAGCGGAGUCGGUAAAGACGCGGUGAUCAACAAGCUUCGAGAGGUUCGUCAAGGUCUUCAUUUCGUCGUUACGGCCACUAGCCGUCCGAUGAGACCCGGUGAAGUAGACGGGAAAGACUACUUCUUUGUCUCGAGGGAACAGUUCUUGUCAAUGGUGGAGAAAGAGGAGCUUCUGGAAUACGCACUCGUUUACGGCGAGUACAAGGGAAUUCCGAAGAAGCAGAUUCAGGAAUUCAUGGCGAAAGGGGAAGACAUUGUUCUAAGAGUGGACAUUCAAGGAGCUCAGACGCUGAGGAGGAUUCUUGGUAGCUCCGCCGUGUUUGUUUUCAUCGUGGCGGAGAGCGAGCUUGCGAUGGUGGAGAGGUUGAUUGAUCGGAAGACGGAGAGUCAGGAGGAGCUGCUUGUUAGAGUCGCCACGGCGAGAGAAGAGGUUAGGCAUCUGAAGAAAUUCGAUUACGUUGUGGUCAAUGCCAAAGGGAGGCUUGACGAUGCGGUUAACCGCGUCGAAUCUAUUAUCGACGCCGAGAAAUCUAAAGUUCAUCAAAGAGUUGUUCGGAUUUGAUGUGCAGAUAUCAUUGUCUGGAGCAUAUCGCUCGCUGUCUCCAGACACUGUUAUUGCGGACCAAAUUAGUUUUUGUUCCGGCAUGCGUAAUUUCGUUCCAAGGUGAAUCCUCCUCAGUGUUUACGAAGACUCAUAUCUUUAACACUUUAAGAUUCUGUUAUUAUGAUCCUCAAAAGUUGAUCGAUCAAUCCUUAACAUGAUGUAAUGUAGCAUUGUUGAGAAUAGUUUAAUUAGUAACUUUACAAGAUGGCGAGAGGCGGCUGAGUUCCAAGAACUCCGGAACAUGUUUAUGUUAGUUUUGAACCCUUUUUAUAAUUCGUAAACGUAUAA